AUGCUAGAUGAUUAUGGUGUUUCAAUGGGGUACCAACAAGCUUGGAGAGCAAGAGAAAAAGCUUUAGAAUUGGCAAGGGGAAACCAAGAUGAUUCAUACCAAAAGCUUCCCAUCUACCUUCACAUGCUAAAAGUCUCGAACCUAGGUACAAUAACGCACCUGGUUACAGACAAUAAAGAUAACUUCAAAUAUAUGUACCUAACAUUUGCAAAUUCCAUCAAAGGAUGGAAACACUGUAGGCCAGUCAUUGUGAUAGAUGGAACUUACUUGAAGACAUCAUUUGGGGGAACUUUAUUCACUGCUUCAACAAUGGAUGCUAACAACAACAUAUUUCCAUUAGCCUUUGGAAUAGGUGACUCUGAAAAUAAUUCAUCAUGGUUAUGGUUUUUCACAAAGCUAAAGGAGACAUAUGGAGAAAGAGAAGGUAUAACAAUCAUUUCAGACAGGCACAAAAGCAUAGAAAAUGUUGUAGACAAUGUAUACCCAAAAGCUUUCCAUGGAGCAUGCAUAUUCCACCUGCUAAACAACAUCAGAGUCAAUUUAGGUGUACAUGGGGAGGACCUAAACCUAAACUUUGUCAAAGCAGCAAAGGCAUACAGGGUACAAUCAUUUGAGCACUACAUGCAUGAAAUAGACAAGAUUGACACUCGCAUAAGACCAUAUUUACAAAAAAUUGGAUAUUGCACUUGGUCUAGAUGCCAAGCUCCAACAAGAAGAUAUACAAUGAUGACAUCAAAUAUAGCCGAAUCAAUAAAUGCUGCAUUGAAAACUGCAAGAACGCUGCCAAUCACUACAAUGAUGGAAGGCCUUCGAAGUUUAGUUCAAAAAUGGGUAUGGAAAAAUGGUAACGAAGAAAACAGAACAUUCACACAAGUAACAACAGAUACUGAAAUUGUGCUUAGAGAAAACUUUAUUCGAGCCAUUAAAUUUCAGGUCUUCCCAGUAAACACUAUACUGUACCAAGUUGUGGUUGAAGACAAAUGA